AUGCAAGAGUCCUCGCUGGUGCCAGCAUGCAUCGUCAGCCCUCUGUGGGCGCAAUCCGUCUCGACGGCCGUGUCGAUCCUGUCUGAGAAUGAUUGCCCAUUCGCCAUCCGAGGCCAAACACACGCCCCCGCCGCGGGCUUCGCCAACAUUGACGGCGGUGUUACGCUCGACAUGACUAGCCUCGCUAGCGUGUCCCUCAAUGCCGACCGUAGUGUGGUGUCCGUGGGCGCGGGAUCCUCCUGGCUCUCCGUCUACUCCUACCUCGACCCGUUCAACCUCACCGUCGCGGGUGGGCGGAACGGCGCUGUGGGCGUGGGCGGCCUGACGCUGGGCGGGGGGAUAUCUCACUUCACGGCCCGCGUGGGCUGGGCAUGCGACAACGUGGUCAACUUCCAGGUCGUGCUGGCUUCGGGGGCUCUUGUCGACGUCAAUGCCACAUCUCAUCCGCUCCUGUUUCGCGCGCUGAAAGGAGGCGGCAACAAUUUCGGCGUCGUCACGAGGUUCGACCUAGCAACCAUCCCGCAGGGCGACAUUUCGGUCACGACCCUGAGCCACGCGGUUGCCGAGCGAGACAGCGUCUUUGACGCCUUCACCAACUUGACGACCGCCUCGCCCUUCGACCCCUACAUCUCCCUCGUCACGGGUCUUUUGUUCAACGCCACGAGCAAGGCGUGGACGCUGAGUAACUCGGCGGUGUACACGGCGCCAAACCCUGACCCGCCGGCUUUUCGCGGACUGAAAGCCAUUCCCAGCCUGUCCAACACGACGAGAGUGACAAAUCUGUCCGCGUUCGCGAACGAGACCCCAACGCCACCUUUGAACUGGCUCUUCUGGACAGGCACGUACGCCGCCUCCACCUCGCUCAUGUCGCAGACCUUUGAUACCCUCAACACCAGCUUCUACAACUUCACCGUCCCCGGCGGCGUGGUAUGGAGCAUCGCCUUCGAGCCACUCCCGACAAUCAUAUCCUCUUAUGCUUCAGCCAAGGGAGGAAACUCUCUCGGGACGUCGCCCGCCGACGGGAACGCAUAUAUUCUCCUCAUCUCCGCGCUGUGGCCGAACAGGUCUUCCAACAGCGUCGUGGAGCAGACCGCGCGGUCUGUCGGUGCACAGAUUGACGCUCUCGCCGCGGGCCAGGGUAUGCUGCACCGAUUCCGGUACCUCAACUACGCGGAUCCGAGUCAGAGUCCCUUGCGGAGUUUUGGCCCGCAGAAUUUCGCGAGACUGACCCGUGCAAGUCGAGCGUAUGAUCCGCAGGGUGUCUUUCAGAAUAAUGUCCCGGGUGGUUUCAAAUUGGUCUGA